GGUUCCCCCCUCUCAUUCGUGCUGCAUGCGUUCAGGUAGUUGCAAAAAUGAAGAAAGAGGGUAUGAACGAUGAGUGCUUGUAUCUGGAGUUUUCCCACUACUUGGAAGAUAGGAUUUUUCCUCUGCACACAUCCAUUGUUUUAUUUCUAAUGUCCUACUGUGACACUACAUCUAUAAGGGUGUUCCUCAUGCCAAAUAAGGAUGCUGCUGAUAGUACAUUAUGGAAGAAAAAGGUACCGGCCAACAUUCCUGUGACUAUCGUUUCAAAGCAGGAACUGCCUCCCGUGGUUCGAAGUUGUCGUUUACCAGCUCUGGUGGAAAGGAAUGGGAAUUUUUGUCGAGCAGGCCUUGCUGUGGUUUUGAGAUACAUUAUUCAAAGAACUUGUGAAGUUGACUGCAAUCGCAGGGAUGUCUCAGAGCUGCUUGGAUUUAAAAAGACAUGCUUAAAGGCUUGUGCUGAGGUGAGCCAGUGGACCAAGCUAUGUGAGAUUAGCAUUCCGCUAGCUGUGGAGAGCUUCCCUAGGAAUAGCCAUGGCCAUCGAGCCAUUCCACCCGAGAUAGAACACCUGGAGCAAAAACUUGGAGAACCUGUCCGUGUUCACAAUGAUGACAAGAUUCGUAGGCAGAAACUGCAACAGUGGGCCAAGGACAAAAAUAAAGACCCAAUCAAAAUGGGAUCCGAUAAAGGAGCUGGCUGCUGUGAUGAAGGAGUGGACAUAAUUAAAGGUUUAAGUGAGGAAAACAUGGAUACCGAGAAGGAAAGCCUGGAGCUGAGGACAGCACUUUCUAAGCUAGCAGUGGAGCAGAUACCAGCUGUGACCAGCAGGGAGCAGGCCUGUAUUAGAAAAGUGAAAACCGCUGAUCUUCCACCACUGGACCAUGUGUUUGCUGAGGGGCUUUACUUCACUCUCACAGAUGUAGUCCUAUUUCCUUGCCUACACUACUUUUUUGUUUCUCUUGGGGACUGUCAAGAACAGAUGCUGAAAGCUUUGCCCUUGCUCUCCCGUUGGUACCAACGUGUGCAGGAAGUAUCUGGAGUGAAGAAAGCCGCUGUUAGCUGUGGCAUUCAUCUUCUCAACCUUCCUGCUCCUCUGCCUUCUUCCAAUGUGCUGACUCCAAGCUCCAUUGACCAUAAGGACAAGAAGACUGAAACCACAGACCCCCAUUUCCGAGGUGGCCCAAGACCCACCAUGAAGAAGCUUGAAGAGAAUGGAAUUUCUGCAAGAUUCAUCCCACACCCUUGUCCCUCGCUGAGUCAGGAUUGGAGCAACUUUCCCUUAUCUGCCCAUCCCAUAGAAGGAAAACUCUCCUCUGAGCGUGCCCUAAGGAAGCAGCAACAGUUAGACAACAUAAUCUCCAUUGUGACAAAAUUGGCCAAACCUGGUGAUACAAUUGUUGAUUUCUGCAGUGGUGGGGGCCACCUUGGGAUUGUCCUAGCUCACACCUUGUCGUCCUGUCAGGUGAUUUUAGUGGAAAACAAGGAAGAAUCAUUGGUGCGUGCUAAAGGCAGAUGUGACGACCUCGGAUUACAAAACAUCUGGUUUCUGCAGACAAAUCUGGAUUAUUUCACAGGACCUUUUCAAAUCGGUGUGGCACUUCAUGCAUGCGGGGUAGCAACAGACAUGGUGAUUGAUCACUGUAUCAUGGCACAGGCGGCAUUUGUUAUCUGCCCUUGCUGUUAUGGCUUCAUACAGAACACGGUCAAGUACACAUUCCCAAGAAGCCAAAAAUUCAAGAAUGUUUUGUCAUAUAAGGAACACAUGGUUCUGUGCAGGUUUGCAGAUCAGACAGCUGUUCAACUCCCUGCAGAGCGCCGGCUAAUAGGGAAGAAUUGCAUGGGUCUAGUGGAUCUGGACCGAGCUUGGUCUGCAGAGGAACAUGGGUACACAGUCUAUGUGACAUCCAUGGAACCAGACAGCUGUUCGCCAAAAAACAACCUGAUAGUGGGAAGUUGUGCAGCCCAAGAUCUCGGUUUAAUUGCAUAAUGUCCCAAGGACAACAUUCAGACUGCUCUGACAUCAAGAAAGAUGAGCUGAUUCAUUGUGUGCUACUUGAUGUCAGUCAACUUCUUACCGUAAAAACAGAAAAUGCUGGAGGAGUCAGAUCAGGCAGCAUCUGAGGAGAGAACAGCAGAGUUAAUGUUUCAUCAGUUCUGAUGUAAGAUUAUCAACCUGAAAUUUGCCUCCUGAAGUUUCUCUCUCCACACGUGCUGCCCGACCUGCUGAGUGUUUUUCUGAUUUCUGGCAUCAAUGCUGCUUUUAGUUCUUCCUGUUUUCAUACUCAGCAGCAGCAGAAUGGUGAGGUCAUGGGUCAAUGUUUUCUGACAGAGUCUCCCUAUUCCCACGGUAUAUCCCUAUUCCCACAGUUUUCUGCAAUAACUUCAGUGUUGGAAUGGGAAACUAUCUUCAGUUUCACAAUUUGACUUAUUUUAACAAAUGGCAGCACCCCCUGCACUCCAUUGCCUUUUAAACUCCAUUUCCUAUGAAUUGUUCUACUGAUGAAUGGAAGUGACUGAACCAUCAAGUAUAAUUGGGAAUUUUUAGAUAUUUUUCCUGAUUUAUUUCAUAUUGUAAUGCAUUUGGAUUAUAAAAUUCACUCUCUUCCAGUGUGUUUCAACCAGCAAAAUAACAACCAGAAAAUAAGACCUGAUACAAAUUAGGAAUAUGAUAUUGUGCUUGAGAAGGGUGCUACUGAUAGAUGAUUGUGGGCAAGUUUCUGUUUCCUCAGUAAGUUGUAUGCUUAAUGCUGUGGAAGAGUCUAUGAAAUUUUCCCAUCUCAAUAUUUCAACUUUUUUUUACAGAGAGAAGAAUAAGUGGUAAAAGCAGAGUGUUAUUGUUCUUGCAAUUUAUUUUUUUUCUGGAUUUUUUCUUUUGUAAAAUAAUGAUUUUUCAGCACAGGCAAGCAUUUGUAAUCAGCGCUAGGUAAGUAAAGUUAACAUAUUUUUAUGGAGUUUUAAGAAAGUAAUACAGCUGUAAUAUAGAUACAGUUGUAAUACAGUAUUCAAUUAAUUAGUGAUAUUCCUGAUAUUUCUGGGAUUGUUCUGAUAUUGUGGAAUUUGAUUAAAAGCCAACUGCUAAGUAUCAUUGACAACCUGGAUGUUUAAAGUGAAUAUGUAAUUACUUUGUCAUAAUGUCAAUUAAAAACACCAGCUAUUAAAA